UGCUGCGCUCCCCUCCCUCGGGCCAUGGCGUUCCGCAGGCGGGCCAAGAGCCACCCGCUCUUCAGCCACGAGUUCCUCAUCCACAACCACGCCGACAUCGGCUUCUGCCUGGUGCUCUGCGUCCUCGUCGCGCUCAUGUUCGAGGUUACAGCCAAGACUGCCUUCUUGUUUAUCUUACCUCAGUAUAACGUUAGUGUGCCUACACCAGACGGCGAGAUUGUCCUUUAUCACUACGGGCUGAAGGAUUUGGUCACUAUCCUCUUCUACAUCUUCAUAGCGAUAAUCCUGCACGCCGUGGUACAGGAAUACGCCUUGGAUAAAAUCAACCGGAGACUCCACCUGUCCAAGGUCAAGCACAGCAAAUUCAACGAAUCGGGACAGCUGGUCGCCUUUCAUCUCACCUCCGUGGUCUGGUGCUUAUACGUCAUUGCGACGGAAGGAUACUUAUCAAACCCUCGGAGCCUGUGGGAGAACUACCCACACGUUCAUCUCCCGUUCCAGGUCAAGUUUUUCUACCUAUGCCAAUUGGCCUACUGGCUGCACGCGUUACCGGAGCUGUACUUCCAGAAGGUGCGGAAGGAAGAGAUUCCUCGCCAAUUACAGUAUAUAAGCCUUUACCUUGUGCAUAUAGCUGGAGCAUACCUCUUAAACCUCACACGCCUGGGACUCAUCUUGUUGCUGCUGCAGUACAUGGCAGAGUUCUUCUUCCACGUGGCUCGCCUCUUCUACUUCACGGAUGAAAACAACGAAAAACUGUUCAACGCGUGGGCGGUGGUGUUCGUCGUCUCGCGGCUCUUCACCCUCACCCUCUCUGUGCUGGUCAUCGCCUUUGGGCUGGCUCGGGUGGAAAACCAGGCGUUUGAACCCGAGAAAGGAAACUUCAACACACUGCUUUUCAGGAUGUUUGUGCUGCUUCUGGUGUGCUUCUCGCAGGCCUGGAUGAUGUGGCGCUUCAUCCGCUUCCAGCUCCGGCGCUGGCGGGAGUACCGGAACGAGCAGAGCGCCAGGAAGAGAGCGGCCGCGGUGGCCGCCCACGGCAAGCAGCAGUCCAAGACCGUCAAAAGGGAAUCUGGCUACCAUGAAAAUGGAGUAGUGAAAGCAGAAAAUGGAACCUCACCACGUACCAAGAAGCUGAAGUCUCCGUAGAGCCAAAACAAGAGCCUGCAAGGAUAGCGGAGAGAAGAGGAGGAGGAGAACGAAAGAAUCGAGAUUCUGGGACUCAGAAGCAGCUCCUCUCUCCCUCCCUCCCCUUUUCUGUCCUCACAAGUUCCACCUCAGAAGGCUUGAACGCCCUUCAUCGAAAGCUCUUGUCUCCGGACAGUUUACAAGAACAACCAAAAGGCCCUCUCGCCGUGGGGGGGCUUAGGAACACCAAACAGUUUCUCUAAUCAGCGUGUAUGACCUUAGCGUGCGUUUUUUCCUUUGCUCCCAACUCGUUCUUGCUUAUUCCCCCCCCCCCGCCCCCGCAAACAUUUUACAGGCCGGUCUUCCUCAGAAGUCGCUUCUCUGCCUUAAAAAGUGUUUCAACCGCCACUUUUUCAUUCUCCCUCAUCUGGUGCUUCUUUAUCUGAGAGAUGAGAUGGCCUCUUUUAAGGCACACGACUCAUUGCCAUGGGAACAGAAAUUUUGGGGUAGGGUGUGGAACUUCUGGACUUUUCCAAACGCGGCAUUCCUGCAGAGACAGGGGCUUAUGGGAAGCAGAAUCUAAAGCAUGGUAGAGGAGUGAAUCUGUGGGUGUUCCUUCUCUGUCUGACUCUUAUCAGUACAUGAUAUAUCCCAUGAACUCAGAUGUUUUAGGUGGCCAGGCCUUCACAAGGUAACCAGGUGUAGCCUUUGCACAUGUAUUCUGAAUUCUGUUCACGGUGUCCUCAGCAGUUACUGUUUUAGCUCUUGGUCACCCUUUGCUUUCCUGAGAAUUGGAACAGCUGCAGAUUUCUUCCUUCCGAUAUCCCUUCCUCUGGUUAUAAACCAUCAGGUAGCGCUCGCUUUUCUUCUUCCGAGUUCACUCAAAACUCCGGCAAUCAGACCUGCCAUCCGGAUAGCUGUCCGUCUCCGCUCAGCAUCUCCGUGUAUUCUGACCUACACAGUGCCUUAGCGAAGAGGGGAAACUCCACCACUCGCUCAAAUGACCAUUGAGGUCCUGUUGCUAACGGAUUGCUUGUGUCUUUUGAUCCUCCGUUUGCUUGCCCCUUCUUUCCUGUGUCGCGUGUCCUUAAUGUAAAUGCUGGCAUCAUCUUAUUGUCCAGAUCCAUCCAAAAUAUAGAAUAGCAAAGUUGCUCUAAAUUCUUGUUCAUUCUCUCCCUCUUGAGAAUCCUAAACCCCUUUCCGGCCAUCUCUUGUGGCUCUCAAGAAGCAGUGUUCUCCCUCUGCUGCUGAGGCGUCAAAAAUUACAACCGCACAGAAGGAUGGAGAAGCCGGAUCCUAGCACAUUAAUUUGGAUGUUGUGAAUUGGGAGAGGCGGCAACAGAAGUACUCGAUGAAUGGAGGAAUUGCCCGUCACCCAGUCAGUCACCUACUCCCGAAGUGUGUGGAUGGAAUCAAAUGUAAAACCUACCUCAGAGGCUAGCCCUUUACCCUGCUACACCUUUAAAAAAAAAAAUUGGAAGCAGAAGUUAGCUGUGGCAGCGUUUGGGGAGAGCAGAGGGGAGAAUCAGCCCUUCUCUCUGAAAGAACGCGUAGAUUCCCUGUAUUGCUGUGUUGUUCCUUUGUCAUUUUCAGCUUCUCCUGACCUCCUGAAGCGUGCGGUUCACGUUGUCUCCUGCAGCUGAGUUAUUUUUGAGUUGCUGGGUGUGGCUUUUAGCCCCGCAGCGCAAAUCAGUCUUCUUAUCGUGAAUGUCUUCUUGCCCACAGCCCCUCCAGUUUGCAGCUCGUAACUUAAUACAAAGAAGGGACUUGAGGCACCCGUAUUUAUUUUACCGUAAUCGAGGGCGCUGUCCCGUGGCAUUCUGUGGUGCGCCGUUGAUUGCAACGGCAUUUCCUCCUGGCUGCACAGGGAGUAGAGUAAUAGGCUAGGAAAUGUUGGUUUGUUCUGCAGCCCUUCGUGACAAAA